AUGAGGGAUUGCGUCGCCUUGUAUACAUCUAUUCUUAUUAUCAGUCUGUUCGUGCAUGUUGACGACGGAACUAAAUUCACAACUACAGAAUGCGAUAAAUAUUUCAACACGGUUUCUGAAAUUGUGGGUUUGGCUUUUGACUGUUUUGGCGUUUACAGUCAACCCGUCGCCUUCUGUGGUCAGUGUGUGGAAAUAAUGGAACAACUAUAUGAUACUUUGAAUGAUUCGCAAGUUAAAAACGACUAUGGCCUGCCCUGCCUUUCUUUCAUUAAUUCCUCGUCGGCUCAAAGCCCCAUUAGGGAUAUUCUCGGGAAAGUGGUCGACACCUGGCAGCGUGGACACUGCUCGAGCUGUUUGGCUGAGCGAAGACAGCGUUUCAGCCCUUCAAAGAUCCGACAGAUGCGUAAGGUGAAAACAGACUUGCGAAGCUCUGCAGUCGCCUCCUCCUCUUAUCCCGACUACAAGUACACUGCAUAUGAUACACAGGCUGUCUCAUUUUUUGCCCACUUGAACGACACAUUGCUCUGCCUCCGCCCUUUCCUACACAACACUUCAGCCAGUUUCCUCGAUCCUGUCAAUUUCCCGCCUCCGGGCAAGGUUUCUUUUGAUGCCACCGUUUGUACCAUCUGCAGGGACACCUAUAGAAACCUGAUAAAAGUAUAUAAUUAUCACACAUCUGCAGAAAAAGAGCACAAAGGAGUUUGGGUGUGCCGAGACGUAAGUGAUGCUCUCAAUCGAACGCACUGGGUUUGGCACCAUCUGCUGCACUGCGCACCUCACAGAACUGCCGUCCGACCCAUUGUGGCCCUCGUACCCUUGCUCACAUGCAGCUUUCUGCUAGUUCUGUUCCAUUGUUGUCUACUGUGUUGCUGUCACCGACCGAUUCGUCUAAUAAUUUAUAAGCCACGGCGGGUAGAGGCAGUUUCCCCGAAUGCCUCGGCGCCCCUCAGUCGGAAGGAUAUAAACAGCAACCACAACUUGCAGGCCUGUGAUUCUACGGACAACAACGAUGAAAUGGUACAAAGUUUGUCUGUGCAGUUUCGCAAACGCAGGUUUGGCUCCCAUUGUGGCAGUUUUUCCUACGAUAUACUACAUUUGUCUCACGCUGACGAGAAUAACUGA